AUGGCGUCAUGGUUGGGUCGGUUGUCCUUGGGCGACGCCUGGUACCACAUGUCGUCCCGGCUGUUGAGGACCAAACCCGUGGGCGCCAUGGCCCACGACGCCAACGACCUGACCGACAUGGCAGAAGGGUCGGCGGUCGGACUCGCCAAAGUCCUGACCACUGUGGACCUGGUGUCACUCGGCGUGGGCAGCUGCGUCGGCACGGGGAUGUAUGUGGUCGCCGGGUUGGUUGCCAAGGCGAUGGCUGGGCCCGGAGUCAUCCUGUCCUUCAUCAUCGCGGCGGUGGCGUCGGUCCUGUCAGGUGUGUGUUACGCAGAGUUUGGCGUUCGAGUCCCUAAGACGACUGGCUCCGCCUACACCUACAGCUACGUGACGGUUGGGGAGUUUGUGGCGUUCUUCAUCGGCUGGAACCUGAUCCUGGAGUAUCUGAUCGGCACGGCAGCAGGGGCGUCGGCGCUCAGCAGCAUGUUCGACUCCCUAGCCAAUCACAGCAUCAGUAACUACAUGAUCACACACCUGGGCACGCUCAGAGGCCUCGGUAAAGGCGAGGACACGUACCCGGACCUUCUGGCGCUGUUCAUUGCCCUCCUGGUCACGGUGAUCAUCGCUCUCGGUGUGCGGAACUCGGUGGGUUUCAACAACGUCCUCAACGUGGUCAACCUGGUGGUCUGGGUCUUCAUGAUCAUCGCCGGGCUCUUCUUCAUCACUGCCAGAAACUGGGAGGGCGGUCGCUUCCUGCCCUACGGCUGGUCAGGGGUGAUGCAGGGCGCGGCUACUUGUUUCUACGCGUUCAUUGGCUUCGACAUCAUUGCAACAACAGGAGAGGAGGCGAAAAACCCCAACACGUCCAUCCCAUAUGCCAUCACCGCCUCGCUGGUCACCUGUCUCACCGCCUACGUGUCGGUCAGUGUGAUCCUGACUCUCAUGGUUCCGUACAACCUGAUCGACGGCUCGGCUCCUCUCAUGGAGAUGUUUGCCGACCACGGCUUCGUCUGGGGGAAGUACGUGGUGGCCAUGGGCUCCAUAGCAGGACUGACGGUGUCUCUGCUGGGCUCCCUGUUCCCCAUGCCCCGGGUCAUCUACGCCAUGGCCCGAGACGGACUGCUGUUCAGGUUCCUGUCCCAUGUGUCUGCGUUGACCCACACCCCGGCUGUGGCCUGUGUGGUGUCGGGGACUCUGGCGGCCAUUCUGGCUCUGCUGGUCAGUCUGAGGGACCUGAUUGAGAUGAUGUCCAUCGGGACCCUGCUGGCCUACACCCUGGUCAGCGUCUGCAUCCUCUUACUGCGCUAUCAGCCCGACGAACAGACCGACACCCACCAGUAUGGGGAUGAUGUGGAUGGCCUGAAGCACCAGGAUGUCGGCGCCAGCGACACCAAAGACGACCAGAUGCUGAUCGAUGGGGCGGAUGGUGAUGGCUCGUCCUCGUACCACACAGGUGGGAACCAGGGGGAGGGCGACGACUCCCAGUUUCACACAGGCCACGCCUCUCUGCUGAAGAGGCUUCUGGGAGGUCACUACUACACCCUGAGGAUGCGGCUGGGAAUGCCCGAUGCAUCCGCACGGCCGACCCCUACCACCGGUCGCACGGUCACCCGAUGCACUCUCCUCCUCUUCCUCAUGUCCUUCCUCCUCUGGUCCACCAUCAUCUUCGGCGUCGAGCAGGGAUCAGGCGUCGGAGCGGCAUUUUCAGGAAUCACCGCCGCACUGAUGGCCGGAUCGAUGGCCAAGUUGAUGAUUACAAUCCUGCAGCAGCCGGAGAGUCCACGACGUCUGCCUUACAUGGCGCCAUGUGUGCCCUUUGUUCCAGCGGCGGCCAUAUUGGUCAACACCUACCUCAUGCUCAAACUGUCUCCUCUCACCUGGAUCCGAUUCACCAUCUGGUGCAUCAUUGGUCUGCUCAUCUAUACGUGUUACGGCAUCUGGAACAGCACGUUAGAGCUGAACGCCCGCGAACAGCAGGCUCACGCCAGCUCCUACCAGCGCUACGACGACCACCUCGACGACACCUUCUCCCCCGACGACGAUCUUUACCCCCAGGACCAGGACGACAGACCCUACCAGGGCUGGUCUGCACCGGAGGAGAGGGGAUACCACUACCAACAGCACCAACAGCAGUACGACCAGGACCAGAACCAGGACCAGGACCAGUAUGAGGAGGAGGAGGAGGAUGGGGACCAGUACGGGUACCAGUCUGGACCAGGAGGCCAGUAUUCGAGCAAAGGCACUUCGAGAGGGAGGACCAAUCACGGUUUUUUUGCAGAUGACGAGGACUGAGAGCAGCAGGUUUCCUCAGAGAAUCGAACUGUAAAAGUGCCUUUGUUAAAUCCAAGACACAAAGUCGUAUCAGCAGGUUUGAUGUUGAUGUUUAUGAUGAUGGACGUGAGGACGGUGGACGACACGAGUGUUUAAUGC